AUGACAAUCAGGAAGAUUCUUGGUAUUCCAUGGCUGAUAGUGCUUUUUCUAAACGGAGAUACUUUGGUGGACCUCUUAGAACAGUGCAUCAAGGAUAAUUACUUCUUCAUGACAUGGUGGCUGGAGAGUGAUUACAAUGCACAACUAUACUAUAGGAGUGACCGGGCCGUUUUCAUUUUUGCAAGAGCGCGAAGGGCAAAGAAAGUAUCGAUGCUUUCGGGCGUUGAUGGUCCAGACAAAGAGACUCGAGCGCGAAGAAAACUCUCCAAGAGUAUGGUCAGAGACUUUCGUCGAGAAAGGCGGGAUCUGGAGGCUCUUGAGUUUCUGAAGGCAUGUUAUGAAGAGGGAGCCGAUUUGAGUUGGCCAGAUACAUAUGGCAAUACUGUGCUAAGUGUGGCCAUCAGACGCUGUUAUGAACAAUGCGUCAAAUGGCUGUUGAAGCACCAUGACGCCGACCCAAAUCGCCAAGACCAUUAUGAGGGGAAUACAGGCAUGCGCAUUUUGGUUCAACGAAUCGGCAAGCUCGGCGAUGGAACGGCAGCUGCAAUGCUGAGAUUGCUGCUCAACAACAAUGCGUCUGACUUUACAACCUUGAACUUUCAUGGUGAUAGAGGAAUCAUCAAGAACUUCAACAAGUUGACCAAAGAAAGGGGCCACACUCCUUACAUGAUGCUGCGCAAUCCAAGCAAGUUUCCAGAUUCUGCAAACGCUCUAAAGCCACGACCUUCCUUUCAACAACUGGAAAAGCUUCUAAAGACCGAAAACAAAAGUGCAAGACAAAAGUGCGAUGACGUGUACAAGCUCAUCAGCGAAAGUCACAAUGGCGAUAGAAGCUUGCAUCAUCUUCGCGUGAUGGAUAUGCUUUUCUGUGCCAAUGAAGGUACAAAUGAAGAUUUGGAGCUUCGACGGACUACUAUAUUCAAUCACUUUUUGAAACAAGUCCUGUUACUGUCUACCCAAGAUUCCUCAGAAGAAGAAAAGCUGACCCAUGAUGAUGUAGCACUUCUUUGGUGGAUGUAUUACCAGUCGUGA